AUGAGUCCUCCCACGGCAAUUGAUGUUGUCGAAAAGGGCACGGAUGGCUUCGACACCGCUCUGGGGAAGUCUGAUCAUGUCAACCCUGACCACCCUCAAAAUUGGACCAUGGCCAAGAAGGUCCGGACGAUCAUCAUCCUCGGUCUCAUGAACAUCCUAGGUACGGCGGCCAGCAGUAUCUUGAGUCCGGGCCAGAAAGAGAUUAUGCGAGAGUUCGAUAUCGACCAAGAAGUCGCUAUCCUCACGACAACAUUAUUCCUCGUGGGCUAUAUCUUCGGCUUUCUUACCUUCGGACCUUUGUCCGAGAAGUUCGGCCGCAAAUGGCCGCUGAUCAUCGGCGUCACCGUCUCCUCGCUCUUCGAGCUGAUGCCCGCGCUGGGCACCAACAUCACCACCAUCCUCCUCGGGCGCUUCUUCGCCGGUUUGUUUGGGAUCUCGCCUGUGGCGGUGAUGGGGGGCGUCGUCAGUGACUGCUUUGCCACGGCGCAGCGGGGCACCGCGAUGGCCAUCGCGGUCGGACUGAUGUUCUCGGGCCCGACGUUCGGCCCCGUCUUCGGCGGCUUCAUCGUGGCGUCUUCGCUGCACUGGCGCUGGACGAUGUGGGUGAUUAUCAUCUGCGGGCUGGGCCUGUCGCUCAUUGCUGUGCUGCUGUUCCCGGAGACCCAUCCCCCGAUUGUCCUUGAUAGAGCAGCAGCAGCAGCAGCAGCAGCCGAGAAAAAGAACCUCGAAACCCCCAGCAUCGACAAAGUACUGGAUAUAUCCGCGGAGAAGGAGAGCUUAAGCAUCGCGCAGGUCGCGAGACUCUACCUCAUCCGACCUUUCUGGCUAAUCUCCACUCAACCUAUCCUCUUCCUUCUAACCCUCUACCAAUCCAUCCUCUACGGCAUCCUCUACCUCUUCUACCAAUCCUACCCCUACACCUACGGCGACCUCCGCGGCUGGCGCACGGGGCUCAACACCCUCCCAUUACUGGGAAUCAACGUCGGCGUCGCCCUCGGCGCCCUCGCCAUGAUCCUCUACAACGCCCUCUACUUCCGGCACCACUGCCACGACCCGUCCACCGGCAAAUUCAUCCCGGAAACCCGCCUGCCGCCGAUGAUCCUCGGCGCGAUCUUCAUUCCUGUGGGCAUGUUCUGGUACGCCUGGACGGCCAGCCCGGCCAUCUACUGGGCGAGUUCCGUCUGCUCGAAUCUGUUCAUUGGAUGUGGAAUGUACCUGCUGUUCAUCCAGGGGUUUAGCUAUAUUGUGGACUGCUACACGGCGAUGGCGAACAGUGCGCUGGGAGUCAAUGGCGCCAUGCGCAGUGUGUUUGCGGCGUCGUUUCCGCUGUUCGCGAGCCAGAUGUUGCAUGGGUUGGGGGUCGCGGAGGCGACGACGGUGCUUGGGGCGGUGUGUGUGGUGUUGGUGCCGGUGCCGGUGUGCUUUUGGUACUGGGGCGGGAGGUUAAGGGUUUGGUCGGAGGGGAGGGUGUUCAGUGGGUAG